UCUGUCACCUCCUCCUCUCCUGAACCACCUCCCUCUGUCACCUCCUCCUCUCCUAAACCACCUCCCUCUGUCACCUCCUCCACCCCUCUUACCACAUCACCCGCAUCAACUUCUUCUCCGCUGACCUCCUUCCCAGCCCCCAGCUCCUCUCAAGCCCCCAGCCCCUCUCUGGCCUCCCCCAGCCCUCCAGCUGCUCCCAAACAGAAGAGGUUUGCUACUGUGGCCAAGCGGGUGUUGAUUCAGGAGAGGCUGAGGAAGACAGAAGAAGAUGAGGGCCAAGCAGAUGAUGAAGAUGGAGAGCAGGAAGAAGACCUGACCUUGGAGGAGACUGAGGAGAGGGCCAAGGCUGGAGAUGCCAGAGCACAGACUAAUCUGGCUAAACAUUACCUGGAGCUAGCUGAGGAGAAGGAUGCGGAGCUUAAUAACCGCCUGGCAGUUGAUUGGCUGAUGCAGGCCGCCAAGCAGGGUCGGAAGGGAGCCGCCCGGAUGUUGCAGCGAUGCUGGAUAAAGAGGAAAGGCAUAACCCCUGAGAAUGAGGAGGCAGUGCGUAGACUGUCCACCGAGAGCAAGUUUGAGCAGUCAGUGCGCAAGGCGGCUAUGAUGAUGUACUGGAAGCUAAACCCAGACAGGAAGGAGAAGAUGGCCGUGUCUGAGAUGAUGGAGAACGUCGGCCAGGUCAAUUCUGUGCAGGGUGGCAUCUCUAGCAGGGUCCCGCCCACCUCAGUCCAAACACAGAAGGUUCUGGAGCGCAUGGUCACCAGAGAAUCUGGCCAGUACGUGGACCUGGAUGACUUUGUAGAGAUCACUAAGCAGUACGCCCAAGGCAUCGCUCCUACACCUGGCCUGGACGCCACUCAGAAGAAGAGCCCUUCUUCCCAAGAGGACAAGACGCAGCAGAAAGGACUGGUGCCCACUCAGGGCAGGAAGAGGAGUGGUGUGUGGGGGAUGGGCAAGGGUGGCGCGAUGCUGGACAACAGUCGCAGCGGAGCCAUGAAGAGAGCCAUGGACAUCAAAUCCCACCUCCUGGUUUUGCAGUACCCUGUCCAUGCCAUCCUGGAGAUGAAGGAGCACCUGAUUGAUUGGGCAUCCCGUGCCGGCGUCCAAUGGCUCAGCACGAUCAUCCCCACACACCACGUCAACGCGCUGAUCUUCUUCUUCAUCAUCAGCAACCUCACCGUCGACCUCUUUGCCUUCGUGAUCCCCCUGCUGGUGUUCUACCUGUCCUUCAUCUCCAUGGUGAUCUGCACGCUGCGCAUCUUCCAAAGCAGCAAGGCGUGGGAGAACUUCCGGGCCCUGACGGACCUGCUGACCCGCUUCGAGCCGGGCCUGGACGUGGAGCAGGCGGAGACCAACUUCGGCUGGAACAACCUGGAGCCCUACCUGUACUUCAUCCUGUCCGUCUUCUUUGUCAUCUUCUCCUUCCCGGUAGCUGACAAGGGCUGGAUCCCCUGCUCCGAGCUCUACACCGUCGCCAUCUUCCUCACCGCCGUCAGCUACAUGAGCCUCAGCCCUUCUGCCGCUACCUACGCUCGUCGGGCGCUCAUCAUAGAGGUGGCGUCGUCGAUGUGUGCGCUCACCAGGUUCCUCCCGGAGACGAUGGAGGUGCCUCGCAUGCUGAGCCGCACCUUCGCCACGCUGCCACUAGGGGAGUCGGUGGUGCUGAAGCUCAGCCUCCCUUGCAUCCUCUAUGUCUAUCUCUUCUACUUGUUCUUCAGCAUGGCUCGUAUGCGUGGGUUCCGAGGCACCUACUGCUUCCUGGUCCCCUACCUGGUGUGCUUCAUGUGGUGGGAGUUCUCUGUGGUGCUCCUCCAGAACUCCUCGCCCUUGGGUCUCAUCCGCACCUGCGUGGCCUACUUCCUGUUCUUGUUUGCCCUGCCCGUGUUGGCGGUGGGUCUGGCUGCCCUGCUGUUCAUCCAGCUGGUCAAGUGGUUCCUGGAGCUGGAGCUGACCAAGAUGCUGGUGACCUUGGCGGUGUGCGCCAUCCCAGUCACCCUGCGCCUCUGGACUCGAUUCAGCCUCUCCAUCCUGGAUGUGUUCCACACCCUGACGCACCGCGGCGUGGUCAAGCUCAUCCUGGCCUGCAUCUGCACUGUGGUGUUCUUCUGCUGGAUGUAUGUGUACCACACAGAGGGGCUGAAGGUGUACAACUCCACGCUGACCUGGAGACAGUACGGGCAGCUGUGCGGCCCAGCGUCCUGGGACACCAAGGGCGUGGCCCAGACGCAGGUGUUCUGCUCUCACCUGGAGGGGCACCGCGUCACCUGGACGGGCACCUUCAAGCACGUGAGCGUAGCGGAGACGGAGAACGGGGCCCAGUCCGUCAUCAACAUGCUGCCCGUGUUCAUGGGGGACUGGCUGCGCUGCCUCUAUGGGGAGAAGUAUCCCAAAUGCGAGCAGAGGAACACUUCGGCCAUCGCCGCUUCCGUCCUUGGUAACUUCACGACCGGCGCAGACAGCGACGCCGACCCCCCGGGGUCGCCCUCCCAACUGCCGGUCACCGCCCCGGUCCUGCUGCACAUGCAUGAAGAGGAGCUGUGUCAGAUCAAAGUGCUGGCUAAGCACGGCUGCCAUGUCAAGCGCUUUGACAGCCACCGCUUCCAGGUGAUGGUGGGCAUGCUCCAGGAGGGGGGCGGCGCUGCCGACCCUGCCCGGGACAUCGUCCUCAUGGCCAGCCACGAGUUCAGGCAGGUCCUGCUGAACUUGGAACCAGGAAGCACAGUUGAGUUCAGCACCAAGCUGGGGGGUCGUCUGGGGGGUCGGGUCCCGGCCUUCGAGCUGAAGGCCAUCAACUGCCUGGACUGCAUGUCCUCACUGCUGCCUGAGGGACGCCAGGUGAAGAUCGAACGGGACUGGAGACGUACCACGUUGCGCGCUGUGAAGUUUGCCUUCGACUUCUUCUUCUCGCCCUUCCUGUCAGCCAGGAUCAACGUGUGACACAUUUAAGGGAGAAUAAGCAGUGUGAUGAAGACAGACAGGGAGAGAGAGAGAAUGGUAGAAAGAGUGAGGUUGAAUUUUGUUUUCUUUUCUCUGUAUUUUUGUCUCUUGGGGUGGCUGGCGUGUUACCGUGGUCACACACAGCAUUGUUUACAGAUGGUGUCCUUUCGAACACAAGACAUUUUAUGCUGCAAAUAGGAGAAAAUGUUUUCAUUUGGAAUAGCAUGCUUUUGCAUGUGUUUACAAUGGUGGUGUUACAAAUUGGGUAAAAAAAUGUGGUAAUCUCUUGCCUUUUAAACAAAUGUGUAUGAGCAAAUGUGUGUCCCGGGGUUAUGUGUGUGUGUAUUUUUACAGUACAAAUGUGAAGUAUUUAUCUGCAGUGGGCUGUCUAACAGUAGUUAAACUGAGUGUGGUACUUCAAACAAACAUUUUAUUUUAACAAAACAUUAUUAUUUGGUAUUUGUAUUUUGUGCUGUCUUAUAUUACCGCUGUGUCUUAUAGUGGCUCAUGUCAGUAAGCACAGAAACACCCACACACACGACACCAACCAACCGACCAGAAUAAGGCUGUCUCUGAGAACUGAAGGCUUUGAAAAUGUUCCAGUUCUAUAUUUGGUCACACCACAAACCUGUUCUAACUGGCA